CAGCUUUUGUGGUUUCAAGGUGCUGGUCUACUUCCCAGAUGCCUACCUAACUAAACUUCUUUAGGAGUUCCAAAUGAGGACACAAGUUUCUCUAAAACAUCCUAUAUUCUGAAUGGUCAUUCACUUUUGUGGUACUAGCUGGCUGACUAUUCCUGUCAACGAUCUUGAAUGCCUUUUUCUCUUCACUGAUCCUUACCUAAUGUCAAGUAAUCCUGGAACAUAUAAUCCUAGCUCUAAAAUUGGACCCAUUUAGUCAGGCAUGCCUAACCUCUUUCAAGGCCUCUAAUUAUCACUAAAGCUGGCAGCUCUCUCUAAUAUGUGAUAUUUUAUCUCCCUCUAUAUUGGGUAGCUCUCUCAUGACCUGUAGUCAGCCAUGGUCCUCCUACUGCACCAGCCAUCAGGGUCAAGGGUCAAGUCAAUAGAUGAUUCCAUGGCAGUUAGCAGCCCUGACAGCAGGACAGGCCACAUAUAGGAGUAGUGGGGGGUGGGAUUUAUCUUCUUUGGUCCACAGGCUUUAUCAGCUCUGCCCCUGCCAAUACCUCAGCAAUCACUAAACGUUUAGAUUUUGCUCUUCCUCUUGUGAAGAAAUAAUCAAAUCAGAGAAGAGCCAUCUGAGAUAUUGGUGGUGGUCUCGGCUUGAAAUCCCCACUCACAAUGGGGAACAUAUCACCCAGAGGUAUCCAGGCCACCAACAUGGUCUUCUCCUCCUGGGCCUUAGUCUUCUUGGCCAUAGGAAUCAUCAUGGAAGAAUGGGUUGAACUGACAUUGGAAACAAAGAAAAAUACAGUAAGCCACAGUCCCUGGAUAUGUUGCACUACUCUUUGGCCAGAAGAUGGCCUGGAAGUGGUCAGGACCAUGAUGAUUUUGGUUCUCAUCCUUUCCUUCAUCCAUAACUUGUUCCUGGGUUUGGAAUCCACCUACCUGAUUCCUCAAACUAAACAUACCCUCUUCAUCGCUGUCUUCCUCAGUUUCUUUACAGGUCUCCUUCUGCUCUGUGCACUCCUAAUGUAUCACCAAAAGCUAAGUCAAGGUAAAUCCGUGUACUACUCCAGUUACAAGAUCACCUGGAUCAUUUUCACUGCCUACUUAAAUGUCUCCCUCUUUGUGGCCUCUGGAGUCCUCUCUCUCCUACAGUACAAACAAUCCAUCAAGAGCUUUGCCUGCCUGACCAUCCUCCGCACAUCCAGCAGAGAAAUUAAGGACAGACAGGAGUCUGAGAGUUCUAUCAAAGUUAUUUCCUUACCAGAACAGCCCGCAAUGCUUCGUAGUAUUGUUCACACAAAGGAAGAUUUUCCAAACAGAGCACACAUCCAAACACGUCGUGUAACCUGGGCUGUAUGAUUUGACAAUGUAUCUUUCAGUGUGUGCUUGUCUUAAUAGAAACAACGUUGUGUGUAUGUGCAUUGUGUCUCUACAGCCGUGGUGUCUUUGUUUGGCAUUAUUUAAUGCAUGUGACUGGGUUAGGGUCUGUAAGAAGAUCCGGAAGGUGGUUUUUUUAUUUUUAUUUAUUGUUUUUCGAUCCUGACCUGCUGAACAGUUUCUUUUAUUUGUUCUCACC